GCAUCGUGUCCGACUGCGCUACUUCUCUUCUCAGUCCUUCACCGGAAACGAACCCCGCAACAGAGAGAGCGUCACAUCUUCAUCUUCUCCCUCCUGCUUCACUAGAUUCUCCAGAAGAAUCCCUCCACCCCGGUCGCUCACUCGUAUUCAAUCAUGGAUAUCAAGGAAGACAUUCGUGGGUUGCAACUUCACCCAGCAGAAGAGAAUAAUGGGGUUGUUGAUCCUGAUGCAAAACAUGAAGAAAUGGAGAUGGUUGAUGAAACAGAGGAAGGGAAUGAUGGUGAAGCAUCUGCUGCUGAACAUGUUGAUGCACAAGAGAAGCGUCAUUUGAAUGUUGUUUUUAUUGGUCAUGUUGAUGCUGGAAAAUCAACGACAGGUGGCCAGAUUCUCCUUCUUAGUGGACAGGUUGAUGAUCGUACAAUCCAAAAGUACGAGAAAGAAGCCAAGGACAAGAGUAGAGAAAGCUGGUACAUGGCUUACAUUAUGGACACUAACGAAGAAGAGAGGGCUAAGGGUAAAACAGUUGAGGUUGGGAGAGCACAUUUUGAGACUGAAACAACUCGUUUCACCAUUUUAGAUGCACCGGGUCACAGAAGUUAUGUCCCUAAUAUGAUAAGUGGGGCAUCCCAGGCAGAUAUAGGCGUACUGGUAAUAUCUGCUAGAAAGGGGGAAUUUGAGACCGGAUACGAGAAAGGUGGACAAACCCGUGAACACGUCCAGCUAGCUAAAACCUUGGGUGUAUCUAAGCUGCUUGUUGUUGUAAAUAAAAUGGAUGAUCCCACUGUAAAUUGGUCUAAAGAAAGGUAUGAUGAAAUUGAAUCGAAGAUGACACCUUUUCUAAAGUCUUCAGGCUAUAACGUGAAGAAAGAUGUUCUAUUUCUACCGAUAUCUGGUCUGGUUGGUUCAAACAUAAAAACUGGAGUUGACAAAAGCUUAUGUUCGUGGUGGAAUGGGCCGUGCCUCUUUGAAGCUCUCGAUGCUGUUGAGGUUCCUCCACGUGAUCCUAAGGGUCCUUUCAGGAUGCCUAUCAUUGACAAAUUCAAGGAAAUGGGAACUCUUGUCAUGGGAAAAGUGGAAUCAGGCAGCAUACGUGAAGGUGAUUCUUUAGUUCUCAUGCCAAAUAAGGCCUAUGCGAAAGUGCUUGCUGUGCACCAAGAUGAUGAUAGGGUUAGUUGUGCUGGACCUGGUGAAAAUGUCCGGGUUGCACUGUUUGGGAUUGAAGACAAGGACAUAUUGUCUGGAUUUGUCUUGUCAAGUGUUGAGAAACCAAUUGCUGCAGUCACUGAGUUUGUUGCCCAGCUGCAGAUUCUUGAGCUGCUAGACAAUGCGAUCUUUACAGCUGGUUAUAAGGCUGUUCUACACAUACAUGCGGUUGUUGAGGAAUGCGAGAUUGUUGAGCUGCUACAGCAAAUCGAUCCAAAGGCCAAAAAGCCAUUAAAAAAGAAAGUUCUAUUUGUGAAGAAUGGGGCCGUGGUCGUUUGUCGCAUUCAUGUGAACAACUUGAUAUGUAUUGAGAAGUUCUCUGAUUUCGCACAGCUUGGGAGGUUCACUCUUCGUACUGAAGGCAAGACAGUGGCUGUCGGGAAGGUCACCGAUUUACCUGUGAUAGCUAGAGCUUGAACAUUUUUGGGAAUAGGCAACUAAGGGACCUGUGUAAACAAUCUGAGUGGCUACGGUGAGAGUGAAGAUCGAUGUUGCAUCGCCGGCAAGUGCAUCUUGUUGGGCUGUUGAGAAAUGGAGAGUUUUGGUUAAAGAUUCGCAAAGGAAUGCAUCGUAAAUUAAUAAAAUGGCAGAAAGAUGCUCCUGCUGCUUGAGAUUACAUAAGGCAAGAGAUUUACAUUUAUCACGAUAUCCAGUAUGACUUUUGAUCA